AUGUCUUCUGAUUUAGACAGAAUAUUGGCCUCUGAAGUGCUGGCUCUUGCUAAAGAUAAGGAAAUCGAGAGAGUUCUCAAUUGUUGUGAACAGGAUCAUUUUGCUAUUUUUGAAUUGAAUCCAUUGAUUGAAUUAAAAUCCAUAGAUGUUAAUGUGAAAAAACUAUAUAGAAAGAAGACUCUUCUUUUACAUCCAGAUAAAACCCAAAAUAUACAAGCUCCUAAGGCUUUUGAUCGAUUGAAAAAAUCGGAAAUGAUCUUGUCCCAAGUCAUACCCGAAUCAAAUGAUGUUAAUAACUUAGAUGAAGACACAAGCAAACGAAUUCAUGAAAAGCAGAAUCUCAUCAAUAUAUAUAAAGGCGUACUGGAUGAACUCAUGAAACCUAUUGUUGAUUAUUUCUAUGAUGAAACAAAUCAGCUAAUCAGGGAAAAAGUUGCAGUGAUCUUGAAUGAACAAAUUAAAGAUAAGGAAGUUGAAAUGAAAUUUCAGCAAAGACAAGAAGCAAAUAAACGAGAGGAGCUUAAAAAGAUUCAAAAAGAACGUGAACUAAAGAAGCAAAUGGCAUCUAAAUGGGAAGAUGAAAGAGACAUCAGGGUCAAUAAUUGGAGAAACUAUUCCAACAAGGUAGAAAAGAAGAAGAAAAAGAAGCCAUUGAGUAAAACAAAAAAGAAGCUUUUGGCGUAA